AUGGCUACAAUUAGUGGGUCAGAAACAUUUUUACCCUUGGCUUUAAUGGAUAAGUGUAUUGGAAGUAAAAUAUGGAUAAUGAUGAAAGGCGAUAAAGAAAUUGUAGGUAAAUUGGUUGGAUUCGAUGAAUAUGUAAAUAUGGUAUUAGAAGAUGUUACAGAAUACACGUACGCAAAUAAUGUUAAAAAAGUAAAUAAAAUUAAAAAAUUAUUAUUAAAUGGAUUAAAUAUAACUAUUAUGGUUCCAGGAGGAACUCCAGUGAAUUAUUAUGAUUACGAAGAAAAGUUAGAAGAUAAUAUAGCAUAA